GUGUGUGUGUUUCGUCUCAAGCAAGUUCGAACCCUGUCGCCGAGGCCACGGUCCCUCUUCCUCCACACCCUCGAAACUAUUUAACAUACUAAGAUACAAGGAAGGAAUAUCUUACAAUUUUAGCCGACCAUGAUGGGUUUAAGGAGUUUGGGAACUGUUGUCCUCCUCUUUACGUUCGCUUUGGGGACAAUCUUAGCACAAACUUCCGCACCUGGCCAAGUCUGCGAGUCCAAGAAUGGUACCAGCUGCGAGGAAUGUCUUCAGAAUGUGACAUGCUUGUGGUGUAUCAAAACCAGAAAGUGUGUGACGUAUCCUGUGAGGACCAUCCUACCGCCACAUGCUCUCUGUCCGCUCAAUGAUGCCCGCUGGGGGCUCUGUUGGUUGAACUUCCAGCAUUUAAUCAUCACCUUGGCGGUGCUGGGCGGGGUUCUCAUCAUUGCCCUCCUGAUCUGUCUGUUCUGCUGCUGCAAGUGUGAAAACAUUGGAUCUUCGAGAUUUGCAGCCAAGAUGGAGAGGCAGAUGAACAAAUCAAAAUCCAAACAGGAGGAGAGGCGGGCCGAGAUGAAACAGAGACACGACGAAAUCAGGAAGAAAUAUGGCUUAAGUGGACCAAAUCCUUACUCCAGAUUUGCAUGAGAGGAUUCCUCAACCGGAACUUUAACUCAACAGAGUUUUAUUCAUGACUUUUGUAUUGUGUUCUAUACAGUAUAUGUAGCAAGAGGUUAUCAGAAAUUGCUACUAUUGGCCACUUUUCCACCGCGUGGUACCAACUCAGCUCUGUACUGCUCUACUUGCUUUUAGGUACUAGGAUGUACCGGCUGGGGGUUCUAAGAAUGCUGAGUCGAUACCAUCAAUGACUUGGAGGCUUGGUAAACAAAACAAACUAUGACUUGUGAUGCUAUACUCCACAGUCUUUAAUCUCCUCUUGGAUCAAAUAAGUCUCCUUAAUCCCUUAGUGAAGUAAAUCACGUUUGCAAAGCACACCUUGAUAUGAAGCAGGGUGGGCAAACUACGGCCCGGGGGCCACAUCUGGCCCGCCAAGUGUUUGAAUAAGGCCCGCUCAUUCUCUCCAAAGUAUUUAAUUUCAACAUUAACAUACAACCUGGCACCAACCUUUUGAUGGUUUAAGUAGCUGUUUUAUCAAUUUUGUUAUUUGAUGUGGUCUGUUGUUUACAAAGUGCUUCUGAAAGAAGGGACACAAGCACAUAUAAGCAGAUUACAUGACACUUUUACAGAUACAAUAAUUCCAGGUGGACUGUUACGUGUAAAAUAUAUAGUCUCGUCCCCCCGUCAAUUUUGUUAAAUCAAUGUGGCCCGCGAGUCAAAAAGUUUGCCCACCCCUGAUAUGAAGGAUGCUUUCAAUGUGGCGUAGGUUUCCCAGUUUUGUGCUGGACUCAUUUGAAAACGUGUAGUGCCACGCCAAACUGGUACCGUGCAGUUUUAGUAAGUGGCAGUGAUCUCCGACAAAUGUCUUUUUUUGUUUUAGAAAUGUUUCUUUUGCCUAACUCGUCCAUGUUGACGGUGCUCUGAGAUGAUUUCAUCUUUUUGUCCUCAUUUCCCCAGGACAAUCUGUUACAUCUGCACGUUGUUGGAUGUAUUUCAGACACUGCUGAAUGUAGAAUUCACAAGCUCGUUUUGCACUUUAUGAGGUUCAGUUUUGCUGAUGCUAUUAGAUGGAUUGACAUGUAGUUCAGGCAAAUCCAUUCCACAGCUCAGGAAGGGGAAGCAGUGCCCGGUUCACACUGUUUACAGUGGUGACAGACUCCUUCUGACCUUGACUGAGGAUAUUGUCAGGUGGUGGAAGGAAUACUUUGAGGCCCUGCUCCGGGGGUGGACGAGUUUCACCCUGAAUGUCUCAGAGAUAUGGAUGUUGAGGGACAGUCUUGGCCGAGACGUCUCUUCAACAUGGUGGAAGUUGGGAACAGUACCUCUGGGUUAGGAGACCAGGGUGUUGGUCCCCCUUUCCAAGAAGGGUGACGGCAGGGUGUUUUAGAACUAGAGGGGGAUCACACUCCUCAGCCUCCCUGGGGAAGUCUAUGCCAGGGUGCUGGAGAGAAAGGUAAGACCGUUAACACUGGACUACAAAUUUUGGACUCAAUCUGCUUCUGAGAUUAGUGGCUAAAACUCAUCUAUUUUGAUAAGCUGAACUGAUGAAUUGAUAACUGUACUGAUUAGCUAAUGUAUUCAAUUUAUUUAAUGAUAAUUGUUUUACUUCAAAAUCAUAUCUGUUUAUAUGACAGAUUUUGCUUAAAAAUAAUUAUUUUAAAAGUAUUCAUGUUGCACUUAAUCUGCCAAGAAAUAAAUAUCUUAAGACAUCAGACAUGAUUGAAUAUCUUGUGAAAAACAAGCUCAAGUAUCACUUAAAACAAAGUUCCCUUUUUCAGUAUACGAACGGCGCGUUUUGGCUUGUCUCAUAUACUCAGCAGCCUCCGUGUCCUCCGUGAAGACAUUCCAACAGUAGUCAGCAAGCGUAGCUUCCAAUUUCCCUUUUUCCCCCUCUUUUCUCCAUAGCUGCAAUGGCCUGGCAGAAUCGUCCCUGUGCUUAUCACUUCUUCACAGUUCAAUUGAAAGAAAUCUAGAUGGGAAUGCAAAAAGUGUAUCUUCAUUGACAGAUUGCAACCAAAGGAUUUGGAGGACUUCAGUUUUGCCACCAGCCGCUUAUAAUUAUCUGCCUUGUAAUGUCCAAGAAAGUCAAUUUCUGCCGCCGUUCAUGAAAUUUGUCCACAUGCAUGCAUUUUGUCCACUUCCAAGAGAUUUCUGCAAAUAAAAAAACAUUUUAUGUCAAAACUCUAGCCAUAUUAGAAUGAAUGUAUCAGAUAGACUCUACAUUCUAAACUACUGUAUUGGUGACCUAAACCUGCAAAAGUUGUGAAACUUUUGUUCCAGAAAAAUUUUGUAAACGAACCGCCAGUGUAAUUGAGACUACAUGAGGUGCAAUGUGGUUUUCGUCUUGGUUGCAGAACACUGGACCAGGACUACACCCUUGCAAGGGAACUAGCGGGUGGGUACGUGGGAGUUUGUAGACCAGGGGUCUCAAACUCAAUUUACCUGGGGGCCACCGGAGCUAGGUUCUGGGUGAAGCCGGGCCGCAUCAGGUUUUAAAAAAAAAAAACAACAACCCAAAACGCAUUUAUUAAAAACUGGAAAAAAAAUCAAUAAAAAAACUAUCUUCAAUGCUUUUGCUUCUGCUAUACCCUACACUUUUUCAGUACUUUGGUUCCGGUUUUCCACACCAAAAUAUCUGAUAAAACAUUCCACUGUUCUCAAAUAUCUUCAUUUUUAUUUUUCUAUACACAAAAUAAAAAAAACAAAAAAAAAACAAAUUAAGAAUAAAGACAAUAAAUCAAUCAGUAAUAAAUAAGUAAAAUAAUAAAACAGCAAAUAAAAACGUAAGAAACCACAUACAGUUAGUAGAGAAAUAAUUUUUUUCAGAUUCAAAUGUACAGUAUUAACAGUUAUUUAACCUUUAACAUGAACAUGAAUGAA